GGUUUUGCUGAUGCGUAUAUCCUUCCCGUGAUGACCCGCGAUGUUCCCAUGCAGUGGCCACUGCUGCUCUAGAAACUUUAGAAAUAAUCUGCUGCUCCAUGCAUAAGUUUUGCCGAUAUAACUCAGUUUUCAAUUUUCUAUAAGAAGAUUAGAUAAAUAUAAACCCUUUACAGUAGUUUCCCACGUAAAAUUGGGACGAGGCAUAACACCAGAGGUCCAUGUAAUCAGGGCAGGAUGAAGACCACCAGCAGAAAGCAGAAGAAAAAGGAAAAGAGGAAAAUGCCUUAAAUGAAGAAUUUCUACCACCAUGCUUGCCUCGAACAGCUAGAAUCCCCAUAAUCACAUCGGGCCCCACAAUACCUAUUUCCCCUUCCGAGGUCUCCGGCCAAAAAAUAUCCUUCAAUACACUAGUGAUUAAAUCCCGAAGCCACGUGCGCACGCCUCCAAUCUGCGCCGUCGACGUCGCCUCUUGGAAAUUCCACCUCACGGAAACAUUAUCAUCGUUCUUCACACAGGUGCCAUGCCAUCCAUCCUACAAUAAGUAAGAGGCUUUCCCGACUUAUUAUUUUCUUGCAAGCGAAGGAUUAUCGAAUGAAAGCAGGACCACCAUGAGGCGGUAGUGGUGGAAACCGGAAAGUGGGAAAUUAUGUCUGAGUGUGGCGGCGAAACCCAUCUUAAGAGAUCCAAUUACAAUUUUCGACGGAGAGGACUGGACACAAACAAAAUGAAGUAUAUUUGCUCUGUCGAUGGUCUUUUUCUUGAUGAUGGUGGAGAGUAUACAAAGAACAAGAAGAGAGGCCCCACAGAAGUAACCUUCAGCGAGGACGCUGAUUUUCGUGGAAAAGAACCCAAGAUUCAUGAUGCUAACUCUAAUGAAGCAAAAUUAUCUCAGAAGUCGGCAUAUUCUGAUUGCUUUAAGGGAAAGAAAGUGGUGAAACCCGUCGGAAUAAUAAGGGCUGGCUGUGAGGGAGAUGGUGAUGGAAGUACGACUUGUGUGUCGCAUGGCUCGAUUUCGGUGAUUGGACGGCGGAGGGCGAUGGAAGAUGCGCUGACAAUUGCCCCAGGAGUUGCCGUAGGUGAAUUUGAUAGUUACGACUUCUUUGCGGUUUGCGACGGACACGGUGGAGCCAGGGUGGCGAACGCAUGCAGAGAUAGGAUGCACCAGCUGGUGGCAAAAGAGGUGGAGAAAGGUAGAUCGGUUAGCAAGAAGGGAUUAGAUUACUGGGAGAAGGUGAUGGGAACGUGUUUUAAGAAGAUGGAUGAUGAGGUGAGUGGAGGAGGAAGUGGUGGGGAGGAGUUAUCAGAGAGGACAGUAGGUUCCACAGCGGCAGUGGUUCUGGUGGGGAGGGAGGAGUUGGUGGUGCCAAACUGUGGGGAUUCUAGGGUGGUGAUGUGUCGUGGAGGAGUAGCUGUGGCCUUGUCCAGUGAUCAUAAGCCUGACAGGCCCGAUGAACGGGGGAGGGUAGAAGCCGCCGGUGGUCGGGUCAUAUACUGGAAUGGUAGCCGCGUCCUGGGUGUACUCGGCACUUCAAGAGCAAUAGGGGAUCAGUAUUUAAAACCUUACGUGACCUCAGAACCAAAGGUUACAGUCAGCGAGCACACCGAAUCAGAUGAUUUCAUUGUGAUAGGAACGGAUGGUUUAUGGGAUGUUGUUUCCAGGAAGUUUGCUUGUGAAAUUCUCAAGAAGUACUUUGAUGGUCGGAUAAAGAACAGAAGAUUUGUGGACAAAUUUGCUGGAGGAGGUGCUAGAGAGGCAGCGGCUAUGUUAGCCGAAUUGGCAAUGGCUCGGGGGAGUGAAGAUAUGUUGUCCCAAAACAAUGCAACUUCAAAAAUACUUUAG